AUGCCUUCCGAUAUAAGGAGUUUCUUCGGAGGCGGCGCUGCCGCGAAGUCCGCCCCCAAACCGGCAGAUACAAAGAAAGACGUCAAAGCUCCCAAGAACGAAAAAUCUCGAGGCCGCCCACGCAAGAUUGUCUCCGACGAUGACGAUGAUGAAGUUGUCGAGGUGAAUCCCAACAAAUCUUCCACACCCAAGAUCAAGAAGACAACGAGGGAACCAGUCGAGGAAGAAACCACAAGCUCAGCCUAUUUUGCCUCUUCUAAAGCCAAGCCCACAAACACAAAGGCAACCCCUACUAGGUCAAAGUCUACAAAUGUGAGCAACGGCAUCAACAAAACCCCUACCAAACAACCAAAUGGCAGCACACCAUCGACCGGACGACGUUCUGCUAGGAAGACUGGCCGCAAGAACUACGCUGAAGAAGAUGAUAGAGAUACCCGGAUUCUUGAAGAAGAUAAAGAAGGUCAUGAUGAUAUUUUCAAUGAUAUGAAGAGUCGAAAGGUUGAUGAUGACUACGAAGAAGGUUCCGAUGAGGAAGAGAUCCAGCCUCCAAAACGAGCGACACAAAACACUAACGGAAAAUCAAAGAAGCAUCUUGCCGAUGAGGACGAGGAUGACCUUGAUGUCGCUGAAAUUGCUACACAUAACAACCGCAAAAGUCAUGCGGCCGCAACUACACCUUCUAGUCGAAAACGCAAAUCAAAGGAGCUUGAAGCUGAUGACGAUUUUCUUGACGACGAUGAUGAUGUUCCAAAGAAAAAGAUCCGAAAUGCCCCAGCUCAAACCUCGAGGAAACCUCGAACCCCUGCUAAGAAGGAAGAUAAACCAGAAAGCGAAAACAUACAGAACAUCCUUGACAAUAUCCCUACAGUGCGAGCACCGACACCACCGCCCAGAGAGGAGGGUGCCAAGACCUGGAAGUUUGGAGGAGGAAACGCCAAUGUAGCCCCUCCGGCCCAGGGAACUGCACAAAUCCCAGUUGGUGCUCCCAAUUGUCUAGCAGGCCUGAACUUUGUCUUCACUGGUGUCUUAAACACGCUUGGUCGGGAAGAGGGCCAAAAUCUGGUCAAACAAUAUGGCGGUAAAGUUACUGGUGCCCCUUCCAAGAAGACCAGCUACGUUGUCCUUGGAGCAGAUGCUGGUCCCAAAAAGUUGGAGACGAUCAAAAACCUCGGUAUCAAAACCAUUGACGAGACGGGCCUCUUCGCAAUCAUCAGUAGAAUGCCUGCAAACGGAGGUGAUGGCAAGGCAGCCGAGGCCUAUGCUGAAAAGCAGGCCAAAGAAGAGGCCAAAAUUCGCGAACAGGCAGAAGAAAUGGCAGCACGAGAGCGACAAAAGCAGAAAGAAGCUGAAAAGGCCGCGCAGGCUGCGGCUGCUAGAAAUGGCGCCCCAGCGUCAGCCAAACCAAAGCCCAAGGGUGAUGACCGACUCUGGGUCGACAAGUAUGCACCAGACUCCAUGAGCAGCGUUUGCGGAAACAAAAACAUGGUGGAGGGACUACAGGCAUGGCUUCGGGCCUGGCCGAAGAGCGCCAAGUCUGGCUUUCGAAUGGCCGGUGCUACUGGCAAGGGCAUCUUUCGUGCAGCUAUGCUUCAUGGACCUCCUGGAGUGGGUAAGACGACUGCCGCUCAUCUCGUCGCCAAACUUGAAGGUUACGAUGUUGUCGAGAGCAAUGCUAGUGAGACUAGGAACAAGAAACUACUGGAGACUGGCCUGCGAGGUGUGUUGGACACGACCUCACUGUUGGGCUAUUUCGCCGGUGACGGCAAGAAGAUUGACCCGUCCAAGCGGAAGUUGCUUCUGGUCAUGGACGAAGUUGAUGGCAUGUCUGCCGGCGACAGAGGCGGCGUUGGAGCGCUUGCAGCGGUGGCAAAGAAGACACACGUUCCCAUCAUCAUGAUUUGCAACGAUCGACGACUUCCAAAGAUGAAGCCCUUUGACGGCUGUGUUGCGGAUUUCCCAUUCCGACGACCCACCACUGACAUGAUUCGAGGACGGAUUGCUACAAUCUGCUAUCGUGAAGGCUUCAAGUUGCCUAUGCCUGUCAUUAACGCCUUGAUCGAGGGUUGCAACGGGGACAUUCGUCAGAUCAUCAACAUGGUGUCGACAAUCAAGCUGGACAAAAAAGACAAGGAGCUCGAUUUUGACGAUACCAAAGCCAUGUCGAAAGCAUGGGAGAAACACGUGAUACUAAAGCCCUGGGACAUCGUCAGCAAGAUAUUACGACCACAGAUGUUUGCUGGAAGUUCUUCUGCAUCUCUCAAUGACAAGACUGAGUUGUAUUUCAACGAUCACGAGUUCAGCUAUCUUAUGCUGCAGGAGAACUACUUGAAAACGCAGCCGAGUUUGGCAAAUGGCUACUCUGGAAAAGAGCGAGAAAUGAAAUUGUUGGAACUGUUUGACAAUGCCGCAUCCAGCAUCAGCGAUGGUGAUCUGGUUGAUCGAAUGAUCCACGGUUCUCAACAACAAUGGAGCUUGAUGCCGACGCAUGCCAUCUUCAGCUUUGUUCGACCAGCCAGUUAUAUUUAUGGAAAUUUCAACACUCAGGUGGGAUUUACUAGCUGGCUCGGAAACAACAGCAAGCUUGGUAAACUCUCUCGGCUCGUAAAAGAGAUCCAAGGACAUAUGCGACUUCGUGCGUCCGCCGAUCGGCAUGAAGUACGCCAGCAAUAUCUACCAGCCAUCUGGAACAAAACGGUGAACAUACUUCAAAACGAGGGCAAAGACUCUGCCCAGGACGUCAUCGACUUUAUGGAUUCAUACUACCUGACCCGAGAUGACUACGAUGCUGUCUUGGAACUCGGCGUUGGACGUAUGAAUCAAGAGGCGGUAAAAAUAGAUACAGCGACUAAGGCGGCAUUUACUCGACUAUACAACUCGCAGAGUCAUCCGAUGCCAUUUGUCAAGGCUGGCACCACACUAGGAUCCUCGAAAGGCGCCGCACCCAAGCGAGACAAACCGGAUUUGGAAGAAGCAGUAGACGAAUCAGAGGCAGAAGAGGUUGUGGACGAGGCUGUGGAAGACUCGGGCGACGAAAUCGAUCUCAAAAAGGACAAGUACAUCAAGGCACCUAAAAAGAAGCCCGCCCCUAAGGGCAAAGGUCAGGGCAAGGACAAGAGGAAAAAGGGCGAUGAAAUUGAUAUGGACGAGGACGCUGAAGAGAGUGAGGAUCAACCGAAGAAGAAAAAGGUUGCUGGCGGAGGAACCAAGGGUGGUCGAAAAGGUAAGGGACGAGGCUAAGAGGGUGCAGGACCAACGAGGGAGACAGUUGCUCCUGAUGUGGUGCUGUGGUUCGUUCAAGCCCGGCAAGCCAAUAUCGAGCUGGAUCAUGAAAUGGCCGAGAGAUGAAAGCAGGCCAAUGCUGGAAUACUCUGGGUCGAGCUCAGUCAUGCCCAUAGUAGCGAAGAGAAGCUGGGUGACAAAAAGCGUAAGAUAGAUAGUCCUUGCCUGCUGAAUGGAGGC